GUGUUUAGUUGUUGUCGUGAAAUGUGUUUAUUAUCGAAUAUUUCCUUUGUGAUAGUGCAUAUUUUCAUAAGUUUAAUAAUUCUGGAACAUUUGUGUCUUAGUAUGGAGAUUCAGGUUUAUUACUGGCCCAUAUCAAAUAGGGAACUAACUACUACACGUCGUACAACAAGACCAAACCUGAGACAUAUUCAUCUCGUUGGAACUCCCCUGCUGAGUCACUGUGCCAAAGACGGAAUAUGCAUCAGCAGCAGUGCCUGUGCCUGGGAUCACAUAGUGCCGAAUGACAGUGAGUGCAUAAGAGAACACGAAGACUUCGUAUGCUGCUCCGCGACCAGCGUACAUAUACCACAGAACGUCUUCGCAGGCUACGAUUGGUUAUAAUAGCUAUAAUAUAAACGCCAAAAACACAAUUUGUA